AAACCGCCAAAAUUAUCUUCAAUCGGCCAAUAAGACGUCAAAAUUUUCUUUAAUUAAGCGCAAUAUCCGUUCAAAAUGGCCGACAAAACUAUGCCUAUUUUUGUUCCAUCUGAAAAGCCUGUAAAAGUAGUGAAGUGGAAAAUAAAACAAGGUUCAUUUGUAUCACAAGGUCAAAUCUUAUUUUUAUACAAUGAUUCUUCGGGCAAUAUCAAUGAAGUAAAGAAAUUCAAAGCAUUGCGCGCUGGUACUAUUUCAUCGAUCAAGGUGAAGGAGGGAGACAUAGCAGAACCUGGACUUCCCGUAGCGGAACUGGAAGAAUGUCGUCAUCCAACAGUUAUGAAAGAAAUGUGUGCGGAAUGCGGUGCCGACUUACGCACGGACGUGGGUUCCAAACGAGAAGUAGCCAUCGUGCCCAUGGUUCACUCUGUACCUGAACUUAAAGUAUCAGAGGAACUGGCACAAAAAUUAGGUCGUGAAGAUGCAGAGCGUCUUUUGAAGGAUAGGAAACUGGUGCUGCUUGUUGAUUUGGAUCAGACGCUCGUGCAUACUACCAAUGAUAACAUACCUCCCAAUUUGAAGGGUGUACUACAUUUCUUUCUGCGUUGCCCUGGUGGCCCUGGUCGUUGGUGUCACACACGAUUUCGUCCUCGUACUAAAGAAUUUCUAGAGUCUGCAUCCAAAAAUUAUGAACUUCAUGUGUGUACAUUUGGCGCCAGACAGUAUGCUCAUGCAAUUGCAGAUCUACUAGAUCCAGAGAAAAAAUAUUUUUCACAUAGAAUAUUAUCCAGGGAUGAAUGUUUUGAUCCCAGAACAAAAUCUGCUAAUUUAAAAGCAUUGUUUCCAUGUGGAGACAACAUGGUGUGCAUAAUAGACGACAGGGAAGAUGUAUGGAGACAUGCCACCAACCUUAUUCAUGUCAGGCCUUACUCAUUUUUCCAGUCAACUGGUGACAUUAAUGCACCUCCUCCACUGGUGGAUGAAAAAUCAAAAUUAAUUAGUGGUAAAAAUGGUGCACAAGUACCAGUAAUACAUCAAAUGCCUACAUUAGACCCUGAACCAGAACAAAAAGACAGUGUUGUAGAUAUAAAAGAACAAAAAGAAACAAAUGAAAAUGCUAUAGAUGGUGGUAAUGGUAAGAUACUUAGUAAAGACAAAAACAAACCCAGUGAAGAAAAAAGUGAGGGAGCUGAUGAAGAAGGUGAAAGGCUCGCUGAUGGAGCAGAGCCUCGGUGGGUGGAAACUUCAGACGGUCAAAUAGAAGUGGAAGAUCCGGAUGACUAUUUAAUAUAUUUAGAAGAUAUUCUUAAAAGAAUACAUAAACACUUCUAUGAUUUAUAUGACAAAACAGAAAACAAGCAAAUACCUGAUUUAAAAAUGGUCAUACCUGAAGUAAAAAGCAAAGUUCUAUCUGGUGUCAGCUUAGUUUUUAGUGGCCUAGUGCCCACGCACCAGAGAUUAGAAACUUCAAGGGCCUAUUUGGUAGCAAGAAGUUUAGGGGCAGAAGUUACACAAGAUUACACUGAACAUACUACACAUUUAGUAGCAGUGAGAGCAGGAACAGCAAAAGUAAAUGCUAGUAGACGUUUAGGGGAAGGGAAAGCUAGUAAGUUGCAUGUAGUGACGCCAGAAUGGUUGUGGACGUGCGCCGAGCGAUGGGAGAGGGUUGAUGAAAGAUUAUACCCUUUACAAAGAGGUGGACAGAGUAGCUCGCGGCGACCGCCGGCGCACUGUAGCAGCCCUCCGCCUGCGCCCGCGGCGCCUGCCCCCGCCGCUGCCCUACGCAAACGCACCCCCUCAGGACGCUUCAUGGACACCCUGAAUCCGCUGCUGUCCUUCUCGAGCGAUGACAUCGCUGAUAUGGACCGUGAGGUAGAAGAUAUCUUCAAUGAGUCGGACGAAAGUUCCUCAGAUGAAUCGAAACCCAUAGGAGAUGACUUAGAUGAUGAAGAGAAUCCUCCAGAAGACAGACUUAUAUCUGUCGAAACAGAAGAUAGCUCACAAGAUAGGUUACAAGAUUUGCAAGAUGCAGGUUCCAGUGAUUCAGAUACAGAUGAACCACGGUCUCGGAAAAGACCACGGCGAUCCUCUCCUCCCUCGGAUGACGAGCCACCAGAUGAAACUGAUGAUGACAGCUCCUGGAACCUCAUGGGCGCGGCACUAGAGAGAGAAUUCCUGGCACAGGACUGAUGGCGUCGACACCACAAACACAUAUGUCUACGAGAAAAUAAAAUGCUCUUUGGUGUCA